UAUCAUUAUUUUUAUACACUAUUUCUCUCUGAAACGAUAACUUAAUAUAAUAAAUAAUACUUCUACUUGUUUCCUGUUUGAAGUAAUGGAAUCAAAUAUUUGUCACAUCUGCUUAAGUGAUAACAGAAUAUUACAACAACCUACAGAAAUAUUACGUAUUACGUUAAAAAUGUUAACUCCAGGAUUGGAUAUACAGAGGCUGUGUUGGGAAUGUAAUGCACAUCUAAAACAUGCUAAUAUUUUAAUGAGAAAUGCUCUCCUAUCUAAACAUAUAUUAGAUGAAUAUGCCUUGGGCCAAAACUGCUGUAUGAUACCAAAAUCUAAUUUAAACUUCUCGAAUCUAUCAAUAAUUAGUUCUCCAGAAGAGAUCACAGAUAUAUCUGGUAUACAUAAGAAUGAUUUAUCAAAAUUCAGUAAUAAAUUAAAUUCUGAAACCACACAUAUUAAAAAAGUACAGCAUUCCAGACUAAAUAUGAUUAAAAAAUCCGAAUAUUCUGUACAAACUGCAAACAGUGAACAGAAAGAGAAGAAUAUUUCAGAAAAAGAAUCAGGCAAUGUCAAAAGACGAAGUAUAGUUCUUAAAAAAGUAAAUUAUAAAAGAAGAAAUAGACUGAGAGCAGCGAAAAACGAUUAUAAAUGUAAGGAGUGCAGUAAAGUUUUUGAGAGCCGUGGGAAAUAUGAAUAUCACAAGCAGAAACAUAAUGGUGGACUGCAGUGUCCUAUAUGUAUGAACACGCUCGCGAGUCGGGCGGCACUUGCAGCGCAUCGACGAGCCAAGCACGCACGCCAGCGAGCACGCACCGACGAUACCAAUUACUACUGUCAGCCGUGCGGGAAAUUUUUCAAAACAAACUGCAGCUACAGGAAGCACCAGCGUACUGCCAGUACCCAUGUGGACAUUAGCACAUUGAAGUAUACAUGCCAGAAUUGCGACAUGCGCUUCCCAAGUUCCGCCAAAAUGAAACAGCAUAAUGAUACUGUGCACCUACGCAUGAAUUUGCUGAUAUGUGAUAUUUGCAAUAAACGGUAUUGCAGCGCUCGAGCGCUUGAUAAUCACAAGCGACGUAAGCAUUCCAGCGAUGCGCGUAUAAGGUGCUUUAUGUGCGAAGCCUGUGGGUAUAGGUUUAAGACAUUUCAAAUACUGAAACGCCAUCUGCAGACACAUUUCAAAGGACAGCUUAAAGAAGGAAAUAAAACAUAAUAUAUUUUUUUAUGAGCGUUUCGAUUAUAAAACUCCAAGUAUAUAUAAGUCAUAUUCAAUCAUUUAUUCAUGUAGGACAUUUUAGCCGCUUAUGAACGUAACGAUUUAUAUGAUACUAGCUGUCCCGGCAAACGUUGUUUAGCCUUAAAAUAAAAAAAAUAAAAAUUAUGGGUGGACUAACAUUUAGGGAGAUGAAAAAUAGAUGUUGGCCGAUUCUCAGACCUACUCAAUACGCUCACAAAAUUUCAUGAGAAUCGGUCAAGCCGUUUCGGAGGAGUAUGGGAACGAAAACUGUGACACGAGAAUUUUAUAUAUAAGAUUAAGUCUUUUCCCAACUUACCUUUCAUAGGCAUUAAUGGACAAUAACGAUCAUUCAUUCAUUCAUAAUUUAAGAGCUGUGCUCUUGUCGGUGGAGCUCCCGCCUCCUUCCACGAUCUUCUAUCAGUCCUUUUACCUGUUGAUAGGACACGACUUCAACUUUUUCUUUAACUUGCUUGAUAUAGCUGUGUCUUGUCUUCCCCUUCCUCUCUUUCCAUCUAUUUUUCCUUCAAUAAUGUUGUUAAUUAGUUCGUUGUGUCGUAUCAAGUGCCCCAACAUUUAACGAUAGCAAUACUAAUAAUGUGUGGCAAAU